GUUGCGAUGGCUCAUCCAGUUUGGUCAAUCGCGGAAGUCGUGAGGGAGGUUAUGUACCAAAGUCUUGGUGACCGGAGAACCUUGGUCAGCUGCGCUCAAGUCUCGCGUGCGAUCUCCGAACCUGCCGUAGAAGUCCUUUGGGAAACCCUCCGAGGAAUCGGUCGCUUGCUCGCCCUCCUGCCGUCCUCGGUGAAACGCAUCACGGGCCAAGACAAUGACACUCAAUUGCCUUUCAAGCAUUAUGUAUGCGCCAUUUGCGGGGACAUCAAGGAUGAAGAAUGGGCUCGUUUACUAUUCUACGCCAACCUUGUGCGCCGGUACACGACUUUCGGGGAGCGGAUUGAUGGAAUCACGACCGCAGUAUUGGUUGCAAAGUGCGGCGGUCGCGCUCUCUUUCCUCGGCUGACGAUGAUUUCCUGGUUCCAUGACAUGGAGUAUUCAUCGUAUUUCAUCGUUCUCCUAGGAUCUCCUCUAUUAGCCCACCUCAACCUGAACUUUUCAACCGACUACUCCCCAGUGGCUACGACGUUCCUAGUGGAUGAUCCUGCGGACUACACCAUCGCUGCUGGCCUGCGGCUCGUUCACAUGCAGUGCCCUCACAUCCGCACCAUAGACAUCCACGCCAGCCGCCUCCCCUCCGUAAAUUCCCUCGGCCGAUUCGCCUCCCUCCACAAGCUGACGCUGCGAAGCAUCAAAGACUUCGCCGUCAUUGGUGCUGCGUGUGGCUCGCUCCCGCACCUCAAAUCGCUCGAGGUGGCGAGUUUCGUCCCUCCAGAAGCGCCCCCGCCGCACAUCCCCGCCAUCUCUCUCCCGAGCGCAACCGAGCUCUCGCUCACCGGCACCUCCGACCUCGUCGCCGCUAUCCUCGAAGCCACGCACGCACCACGCCUCGCCUCCGUGAGCAUCAUAACUCUCGGCUUCCCCUCCUACCACCCGCCCGCGCCGGACGCCGUCGUCGCGCUCAUGCGCAUCACCACCGCAAUCGGCGCCCGCUUCGCGCAGACACUCCGCCACGUUACGCUCGAGGGCUACGGCGACGAUGACGACAACGACGACGACGACGACGAGCCCCGCCCGCCCACGACGCAAGCGUUCCGCCCGCUCUUCGCGCCGCUCUACGCCGCCGGCGCGCUCGAGCGCCUCGCCGUCGUGUUCGACUUCGAGAGCGCGCUCACGCUCGCGCCCGGCGACCUCGCGGACGCCGCGCGCGCGUGGCCGGGGCUGCGCUCGAUCAAGCUCCCGUUCGACUCGCGCGUGCCGCCGACGUACCCGAUCACGGACCUCGAGGCGCUCGCUCGCGGGUGCCCGAGGCUGGUGAACGUGCUGCUCCCGCUGCCGAACGCGGCGCCGCUCGGGGACGUGGAGGAAGUGAGGGCGAUGUCUGGGCUGGACGGAUGCGUGAACGAGGUCAGCCGGGUGUGGCUGCCCGGGGAGGAUUGGAUGCCGGAGACGCGGGCGCGGUGUGCCGCGUACUUGAGGCGCAUUUUCCCGAAGCUGAAGGAGGAGGGCAUGUACUUGGGUUUUGAUUAG